AUGUCUUUGUUGGUGGUCGACGCUUUAACUGGUUAUGUUACCUACGCUAUUGUUCCCGACAACGCUCCUACCCAUUUAACCCUUAUUGCUUUGGAGGGCAUUUUUCUAGCUCGUGGUUACCCUCUGGGUUUGCUCUCCGAUUCAGACGCUCGCUUAACAAGUACUGCUGCAGUGGCAUGGAGCAAGGCCCUUUGCAUUAGAUGUCUCAUCCAGCAGACUGGCAAUAAGAUUCACUGGGCAAUCUUGAUGGCUAGGGUAUGCUACAUUGUUAAUAAUAUUGUUCGCUCUUCUCCAUCCUCCAGCUCCUUCAGUAGCGACCUGCAUUUCGUCCACGGUCGUUGUCUACCCCCAGCUAUAUCUCCCAGUCAGGUCCUAUCGAAGCAAGCUCAUGAUAGCUUGGAUCAUUUCAUUCCUCUCCGAAUGCCUGAUCGAGCUGAUGCUGAUAAGUUGCUACACGAUGUCAGUUUGAGAAUUUCCUCUGAUUGUAAGUGGGCCCGGAUUUCCGCCGAAAAUGUGGACUCAGUUCUUCGUGUUCGAUCUACCUUUGCUCAUACUUCUGCUGCCCGUUCCGACUUUUCUGUCUUAUCUGUUGGGGACCAUGUUCUCCGAUACAACUUUGGUAGAUCUAAGCUCAGCCAGAAAUGGCUUGUUGACCAGGUCUACGUGGUCCGUGCUAUUAAAGGAGCUGUAGCUGCUAUAUCUCCUAUUAACUCUCCUUCUCUGUCCUAUGAAUAUAUUGAUAACUUGAAGAUAGUCACUUCUGCGGCGGGAGAGUGUUGA